UAGCUGCGCCCAGCGGGGCUGGCAAAUCCAGCUUGGUGAAGGCUUUGAUGGAGCUUGACGGCCAUGUGCAGCCCUCCAUUUCCCACACCACGCGCGCACCGCGCGGGCAAGAGGUGGAUGGACGCGAGUAUUUUUUCAUCAGCCCCGCCCAGUUUGAGCAAAUGGUAAAAGAGGGCGCAUUUUUAGAAUAUGCCCAGGUGCAUGGCCAUUAUUACGGCACUUCCAAAGCUGCUAUAGAAAAACGCAUACUCUCAGGCAAGGACGUGAUUUUGGAAAUUGAUUACCAAGGCGCCCUACAAAUAAAAAAAAUAUUUGAUAAUGCUAUACUUAUUUUUAUUUUACCGCCCAGUUGGCCUGAGCUAGCCCAGCGCUUGCAGCGACGCGGAGAAGAUGCUCCUGAGGUGAUUGCGCAGCGCUUGAAUAAUGCGCGUAUAGAAGUGGCUCAGGCGCAGCACUUUGAUUUUGUUAUAAUUAACGAAGUUUUUGAGAGGGCUGUUUUUGAUCUCAAAGCCAUCGUUCAUGCCCAAAGACUAAAGUUCGCUGCCCAAAAAAGAGCGCGGCAGGAUACUUUUUCCAGUUUGCAGAUCGAGCUGCCUCUCAUGGCCCGUAUUACUGUUGAAGACUGUUUAGUCAAAAUCCCCAACCGAUUCCAAUUGGUGCUUGCAGCGACAUACCGAGCGCGUAUGUUGCAUCAUGGCCAUACCCCGCGUGUCCCUAGCAACAAUAAACCAGCUGUGACUGCGCUGCGUGAAAUUGCUGAGGGGCAGGUCGGCGCUGAAAUGCUCAAA